AUGGACACUCGGCAACGUUUCCGACGCCUUACCUCCGAAAACAACAUUGCACCCAAUCUGCACCAGCGUCACAAGUCUACUGGAAGUCUUGCCGGUAUGGUGUCCGCUGCCGCCGCGGGCUUUCGCGGCCCGGCCAAGCGUGCUGCCUUUGGCGAUGUCACCAACACGUCGAGGCACUCUACAGCUCACGAUGAUGCCAAGGUUGCUCUCAAGGUCCAGCCGGCUGCGGUAUCGACGCUUGGUUCCACCGGAUUGAAUCUGAAUAAGGAGAAUACCUCCUACAGCAAAGAUUCGCUGUCCCGUGCAGCUCUGCGCCACGGUGCUCUUGGAAACAAAAUUAUCAAGCCGCUCUCCGAGAGCCAAUCGAUUCACGCACCAAAGCCUCCUCAUCAUCAGCACCGCCCGCUUGCUCAGCAACAUCUCAAUGCCGCUGCCAACGUGCCUCCUUCACGACACUCUAGGGAAAAUCAGGACCAGGUCGCUGCACUUGUUCAAGCCAACACAUCAUACGCUGCAAAGCAACCUCGACACUACAAGAGCCAGCCCCAGCUCAAGCUUCAGCAACCCUCCCUGCGUAGAACGCAGAGCAAGUUUUUCGAAAAGAUUGACUACGAGUCAACACACUUCGACAUUCCGGAAGAGCCCGAGUUUGCUGAAAUGCAAGUUCCUGCCAUCGAGCAGGCGAGUGGCCACACCGUCUAUUUUGACACGGGCCCAUAUCACAUCGACUCUGAAUCACAGCAACCAGCGCACGCGGCUGAGUCCGUGUCACACGCGGCUGGCGUCUCUGCUGUUGCCGAGGCGCGGCCCACGACGAGCCAUUCAUACAAAGAGUCUUCAUACCCUGCUCUUUCCGAACCUGAAGAGUGGGACGAAGAAGAGGACGAAGAAUACGAGGAUCAAGAUCAAGCCUAUACCACCGCGAACAGCUUCCGAUCAAGAGAUUACACCACUGUCGGUGCCACAACCCUGCUCGCUCCCCGCCUGACCGCCCGCGUUCAACGGGAGCUGGAGGAGGCUAGAGUCGAGGUGGAGAACUCGAGAUUUGUAGCCGAUUUCGAAGACGAGGUCUGGGACGUCAGUAUGGUGGCCGAGUAUGGUGACGAAAUCUUUGACUAUCUGCACGAGCUUGAGAUUAAGAUGCUUCCCAACCCCCACUACAUGGAGAUGCAAACAGAAAUACAAUGGUCCAUGCGAUCGGUCCUGAUGGACUGGCUAGUACAAGUUCACAGCCGCUUUGCUUUGCUCCCAGAGACACUAUAUCUCACGGUCAACUACAUCGAUCGCUUCUUGUCGUACAAGAUCAUCUCAGUCACAAAGCUGCAGCUUGUCGGCGCCACGGCUCUACUUGUCGCAUCCAAGUACGAGGAAAUAAACUGCCCGUCGAUGGACGAAAUUGUCUUCAUGGUCGACAACGGCUACUCACCCGAGGAAAUCCUUAAGGCUGAGCGCUUCAUGCUUAGCAUGCUUAACUUUGAGCUCGGCUGGCCCGGCCCAAUGAGCUUCCUGCGCAGGGUCAGCAAGGCCGAUGACUAUGACCUGGACACUCGUACGCUGGCCAAAUACUUUCUUGAGCUCACCAUUAUGGAUGAGAGAUUUGUCGCCUCACCACCCAGCUUCCUGGCAGCCGGCGCACACUGUCUAUCGAGACUCAUUCUUCAAAAGGGUGACUGGACCAAGGCCCACGUCUACUUUUCUGGCUACACAUGGAGCCAGCUCAAACCCCUCGUGAUGAUGCUGGUUGAGUGCUGCGAACACCCCCAUCGGCAUCACGCCGCAGUCUACGAGAAAUACAGUGAAAAGAGGUUUAAGGAGGCUGCGACGAUUGUGCAGCACGCUCUGGACAUCGGAUUUACACUACCACACCACACAACGCCGAUGCGGGCGUUAAAAUCGCAACCCGUGCAACCGCACGACAGUUUGGAACAUUUACAGUACACAAGCGGACUAUUACCGCCAAUUGAGGGAUAA